AUGAGACGGUUCAAAUCUAAAAUGAAUUCUACUGAUGAAAAGAUUGUUCACUUAAAUAAUGAUAUUAAACUGCUUAAUGAAAGAUGUGCUGAUUUACGUCAAGUCAAUGAACAACAAGGUGGUUUACUUAAGAUGAAUCAGCAACUGCUUGAUCAGUUAGCUAUUUCAUCUCAACAACAGCUAGCUACAACAAAUUUAAUCGAUAAGCUGUCUUUCACAAUCGAAAAUUUACACCCAGUUCUCGUAAAUCAACCAAAACAUGACAUUAAUUAUCAACAGCAACUUACUCAAUCUCUGGCACCUCCGUUAUUACAAAAUGAUUCUGAAUUAUACAUGCCCUCAUCUGGUUCAGGGCAAUCUCAAUCACAGUCAUCCAUUCCUGUUAAGAUGCACAUAAAGCACGGUUAA